AUGCAGUCCUCUGAUGGACAAGAGUUCUGGAGUCCUGGCCAGUCUCUCUGGAGCCUCAUCAGGGAGCAUGUGUCCACGUCAGAGCUGCCAAAGAUCUAUAAUGCCCUGGGACACUCGCUGGUGGACAGGUACACCGAGGCAUAUCAGGAGAUGCAGAUGUGGCAGAAGAUGUUGGCGGACACUCAGCGUGGAGGGUGCAGCCGUACCGGGACCCUCCUCUCUGGGUCGGGACGACACAGAGCCCCCCUGGCCGACCCCCCUGCAGUGAAGGAGCUGGUGAGAGCCGAGGUGUGCAUGUUACUGCAGACCCUGAGAGAGAGGGCGGGCAGGUACGGACGCACUCACAAUAAGGAGCUGCUGUCCCUUUACAACCCUGAGACUGUCGGCUAUGCUCUGGGUCACACUGACAGAUGUUACAGCAAACUAUCGGAACUCAGUGAUCCCAGAUCUGCGUCACGGCUCUCCACCCAGUCAAACACAGAGGCAGAAGUUGAAGCAGUAAGAGAAAACCUGAACAUUGAUGGAAUCGAACAAGUGGUGAACCGACUCAAGUCACUUUUUAUUGAAGAAUGUGAAGCUUUGAAACAGGAGAUCAAACAGCUGCAGAGAGAUAUUUGGACGAAUAGUCAGCAGAAGGAUUUGGAACCAGCAGAACCCACACUGGGAGAUUUAAAUGAACUCAGACAUGCCAUUCAGAAGGAUUUAACACAGUACCCUGCCCCAUACGCUUCAUCCUUAAAGGAGUUGAAAAACACACACAGAUUGGAAUCAGUUUCUUCUCCUCGGCCUCAAGUAUUUAGUGCUCCAUCCUCCAGAAGUGACCACACAUAUUGGAAUCACACAGCAUUCAUCCAACCCAGACCUCCGACUGGUCCUCCUCCCGGUAGGACAUCUAACUCAUCCAAACCAACAGGCCUCUCCUCUCUCUCCAAAACCCACCGUUCCACAGCCAUCGCCGAACCAAGAAAAACGACACCUCCAAAACAUAACAUCUUAACCUCAUCAUCACGAUCAAGUCUUUCCCCGAUAAGACGUCCAGACAGUAAUUCUUCUCUCGGGAACCAUAGUCCACGCAGCACCACCUGCACUGAUACCUCUAGUUUUGCAAGAAAAUGGCAGGAAAACUCACCAAUCCAUAAAACACAUUUGACACCUCAUGGCAGUAUCAACAACAAACGCAAAGAGGGCAAUUUGUCCCCUCAGAUGGAGAGGAAGCAAUGUCUGGGGGGUCAGGGGUCAAGAAACAACAAUAUAGGAUCUUCAACCAUUUCUCCUCAAAGUACUUACAAGGGUAAUAAAGAUGAUAAAAGCAGUGAUUGUUCUGGAGAAAGGUCGAAAGCAUCAAAUGAGCCACAAAAUAUGACUCCUGGGUGUAAUUUAGUGACUUCAACACAUGGUAGCACAAAGAAGAGCUUGGAUAUGUCUUCAAAUAAAUGUGGAAUGGGACUUGCUAAUAAAGAAAUGACUACAGCUAAAAGUAGUCAUCAUGAAGAGGCAGUAGCAGUACUAUACAAGCCAAUGGGGCAUGUAUCUUCUUCCUCAUCCAAAACGGUGCUUAAAGUUACUUCAAGUCAAAUGCAUAAAGAGAAACAGGAGCGGACUGAGACAGAAUAUUUGAACAGGUUUAUCCAGCCAGUCCCACCGCAAAGACUGAAGUGA